AUGAAACUCCCCUGGAAACGUCUCAUCCGAUUUCAAGCCACGGACGGCCGAGUCCUGCAUGGAGAACCGCUCGUCGCCGAGGACGUCGACCUGGGAUUCAUCACAGAGGCUGAUGCAAUCCGGGCUCGAGUCAUCUCCGGACAUGACAUAUUUGACACGACUGGCGAGACGAUCGUGACUGAUGAGAUAGUCACGGUCAAGACUCUUCUGGGUCCGCUGACCAAGGAAGAUGUUCCGAUUCUCCGCUGUGUAGGGUUGAAUUAUGCUAAACAUAUCAAGGAAGCCGGGAGAACGCCGCCUCCAUAUCCGUUCAUCUUUUUCAAGCCUAAUACGACUCUCCAUGACCAUGGCGCUUCCGUGGUGAUCCCCAAGAUUGCCCAGGACGAUCAGGCAGACUAUGAAGGGGAGCUGUGUCUGGUCAUAGGAAAAGACGCAAAAGACGUUCCCGUCGAACAGGCACUAGAAUACAUCGGAGCCUACACCGUCGGCAACGACAUCUCCUCGCGCAAACUGCAAAGAGACCCAGCGCUCGCGGGGCGCGUGCCGCAAUGGGGAUUCUCGAAGGGAUUCGACACCUACGCGCCACUCGGCCCUUGCCUGGUUGCAGGGUCUGAGAUUCCGGACCCGAGCAAACUGCAUCUGCGCACGAUCGUGGAUGGGGAAGUGCGACAAGACGAGAGUGUUUCAGACUUGCUGUUUGACUGUACAUAUCUGAUCUCGUAUCUGUCUCAAGGGACUACCCUGCAGAAGGGGAGUGUGAUCAUGACGGGAACGCCCGGAGGUGUUGGAGCUGGACUGCAGCCUCCCAAGUACCUUGUCCCAGGGACCCAGAUGGAUGUCCAUAUUUCGAAGAUCGGGACUCUGAGGAAUGGCGUUGUUUUUGCCUGA